CAGCUUCACCUCGUAGCCGAGAAGCAUGACCAGGAAAUUUUCAAUACGUAUAGAGUGGUUUAAUCAAGGCUAAAUCAAGCUCAUGAUAGCGCCAAGCUAAGCUAUGCUCCUGCAUCGAAUCUUAGCGGGCCUACAAUGUUCCGGUCCAGCCUCAAGCUAAAUUAAGCCUAUCCAGUACGAUUUGGGAUCAGGCAACCAGCGCGCUAUGGACGUGGCGAGGCGGCAGGAGAAGUCUUGACUCUCCGCUGCCUGGCAAUCUCUUUCUUCUUUAUGCCUCGCUUUUGACCGUUGGUAUCGCGCAUUCUUUUGCGCAUUCACUCGCUGGCAUCUAUAUCUAUAUCGACACUCGUUUUUUUCUUACUAAGUAAUCGAUCAGUACUAUUUAAUAAUGUCCACCUCGCAACCUCAGGUCGCCCCACCGGCAACCGGGGCACCAGCCGCGUCUUCAAAUACACAGGAUUCUAUACCCCAGCGCCCAGCAGUACUAUCGGAAUCAAUUACCAGACUGAGUACAAACACCAACGCAAAUGUGAACCAAGACACGCUGAUCGGCGCUGCGGGUACUCCCUCACCCGGUCCGAAUACGACACCUGCUGCUGCCCCACAAGCGACCACAGCUGAUGAACCACUCUCCUUGAACGACAAGCUCAACGCUGGCGACCGAUACUGGAAAUUCAAGUUCGCCAUCACGGCCGUUAUCAUCAUAACUGGCUUGGUCGGCAUUGGCUGUUUUGCGUGGCUCAUGACCACGCGCACCGGGGGUUCUGAUUAUUACCUCCUCGAUUCAUACUGGGCCCUAUGGCCUAGUCUGAUCUCUUGGUCCAUAUCCAUCGCCUGGUGCCUCAUCUGCAUCGUUGUCUUCGUUAUGCGGAAACGCACCGUACAUCCCGGUGUGCGCGUGUCGAUGGAACUACUGCUAUGGCUAGCCUUUAUCGUCACUGCGCUUUUUGCUCUGCUUUCUCUCCAGAACAUCAUGGAUUACGGCAUGUAUGGCGGCCCUGAUCAAUGGGGAUAUGACUAUUCUAGCUCCAGCUCUAAUGGCGAUUACGUCUUAGCGGCCAACAACACCUGGGUUUGGCAGGAGGACACGAGCUACAUCACCAGUCCCCGCGAUUGCACCAGCCGCUACAGCGUUUUCUCCGAGAUGAACUUUAAGGACUGCGCCGAGCAAGAUGCCUUUGUCAACAAGCUUUGGGCUGAGAAGCCGCAACGCGCCAGGGUCAACCUCACGGGUGUCGUAUGCCAGUUCUUCGGCUUAGUUCUGCACUUUGUCCUCUUCGUCUGGGCCUGCGUCGACACGCACCGUCGCAAUCGCACGAAAGUUAGCAAGGACGCCGAGAAACUUGCUGCGGGAAUCGUACAGACUAUGAUUGGUAAUGGCGCCAUUAUACCCCCGCCGGGACAGGCACACGUGCAGCCGGGCAUGGGACAAAGAAUGUAUUAUCAGGCUCCUCCGCAGGGAUAUCCAGUCCAGCCCGUGUAUAUGCAGCAGGCUCCGGGACAGCAACCCCAAUUUGCAAUGCCGCAGCAGAUGGGUCAGCAGGGGUAUAUGGUACCAAUGCAGUAUCAUCCUGGACAGCAAAACACUGGCGCUCCGCGUGUUGGUGUUGCAGGGCCAAGCAAUGAAAAGGGUGCGGGACCGCGGUAUGCGUGAGGGGAGAGAUGAAACGUGGAGGAUAUGCGACUGGAAAUGAGGAAUAGCUAGUGUGAGCAAUUGUGUAGUCGAGAUACCCCCCCAGCGAUAUAUAAUUUAAUGACAUUUAUCAUGCUUUCCUCUUUUCC